AUGCCGACCGUGCAAAGUGCAUGGGAAAUAUAUCAACCGAGAUCCAGCGAUACCAUUAUCACCCAUAUGCGUACUAAAUAUAGACAAGGUGAUAACCUCGACUCCAUUACCGUUGAGAAACUUGACAGCCAGUCUAGGGUCAGCGGGGCUUAUGAGGAAUUGGAUUACAAGCCCAGCAAGGUACCAGCUCACAAUACAAAGGAGUAUUUGAUUGCUCGAACAUUUCAAGAUCCGGUUCAAAACCUAGGAUAUGUCAAUAAGGUUGGGGGAUUCUGGGAUAAGGGGUCGCGGAAAGACAAGCAAUAA